AUGGAGGUGAGGGCAGGAUCCCGUCACAUAGACCGCGACGGUCAGGUGGCUGGCAUUCAGGAGGUCAUGAAGCACCCCAACUGGGGCCUGCGCAAGAACCCUGAUAAUGAUGUCGCCCUAAUACUUCUGGAUAGGAACAUCAGGUUUUCACAUGACGUGCACGGUGUUGACAUACCGAACAAAGUCAUGAUGCCAGCCUUCGACGAUGCUUGGGUCACCAGUUGGGGCGCUGAAAGACGAGAUGGAGUAUACGACACGGAUUCCACGUCACUGCAAGUAUACCACACGCGGCUGAUGGACCGGGAGAAGUGCAACAACAUUACGAUGCGGUUCAGCGUCAUCGUCUCUGAGAACUUCAUCUGUUUGUCGCAGAGUGGGAAGGCUGCGCCUUGCACUCGAGAUACCGGUGCCCCAGCUGUGAGUGAUGGCAUCCUUUGGGGUCUAGCGUCAUGGGGGAUUAGGAAAUUAUGCGGCACCGAGCGGUUCCCAGCGAUGUUCUCGUACCUAGCCUCGCACUCCAACCUGGAUUUCAUCACGAAUGCUACCCAUUUUCUGAUGUCUGACCAGAGGCACUACCCUUACGGAGACCGCUACCCCAGUGGAUUACCUCAGGCACCUAAGGUAGAAAGUAGUAAGAAGAAAUCGCAAUCAUAAGGGAUGGUUUUGAACGUUUUUCGGCUGUUCCCGGAUUUUUAGUUAGGAUAUAUAAGUAUGUUAUAAAAGUAU